AUGGCUUUUGAUCCGAAGGUUUUUCCCGCCCUUCCUGGGUCCUCCUCUACUCCCCCUUUGGGGCUUUCUUAUGCUGAAACUGCGGCCACCCCCUCCUCCAUCUCUGAACCGUUCCCGGUGGCUUUCUAUCCACCAAAAUCUAAGCUCUCUUUUAGAGGCGGUGAUUUGACGGAAGGUUCUUCUCUCUGGACAUUUUCGCUGGUUGGUUACUCGCUGGGGCAGCGACCUUACUACGAGCGUCUCCUUGCGGCCAUGCGUAAGGUUUGGCCAUUAAAAGGUGCGAUCUCUCUGUUGUCUCUUGCGGAUGGAUUCUUCCUCAUCAAAUUCGCUUCUCAAGAGGAUUAUGAUGCUGUGUGGUCUGGAGGACCUUGGUUUUUACUUGGGAAACCAUUCAUUUUGCAAAAAUGGUCUCCCAAGUUUAAACCAAAAAGGGAUGAAAAUGCUUCUAUUCCUAUCUGGAUUAAGAUAGUAGGUUUUCCUUUGGCGCUUUGGACCCCUACUGGUAUUUCAAAGAUUGCUAGCUAUGUUGGUAUUCCCUUGUCUGUUGAUUCUUUAACGGCCAAAAGGUCACGCCUCACUUUCGCACGUGUCUGUGUUUUAAUCUCUAAAGAAUCGGCUCUUCCGGAGGAGAUUCCGUUGGAAAUUGAAGGUGAAGAUUUGACUCUUAAGGUGGUGUAUGAUUGGAAGCCCUCUCCUUGUGAAGGCUGCGGUUCACUGGUUCACCCAUUCUCCCUUUGUCCCAAAAAUCCCAACCCUCCAUCUCCUGCCAUUCUCCCUCCUAGGCCGCGUGGUCGAAGUACCAGUAGGCCUCCUCGUCCCAACUCCAGAAACAAUUCCAAACCCCCCACGCCUACUGUCGCUCCACAACUCCCCUCAAAACCCCUUCUUUCUUCUGUUGAUUCCUUGGUUGACACCCCUUUGACUCAUAUCAGCACUCCUAAGGAUAUUGCCCUCCCCUUGGAUGCCACUCCUAUCAUUGUUUCCCCCACUCCGUCCACUUCCAUCGUAGCUCCUGAAAAGUCUAUCAUCUUUCCCCCCACCUUUGCCGCCACCAAUGUCAACAAUUCUUCCCCUCCUUCCUCUUCCAAUUUAGCUCCACAAAAGACUAUCAUCAUUCCCAAUCUUAAUUCACCCAAUGAAGAUUCCUAUCAUGAUGCUUCUUCUUCUUCUACCGACCCUCCCCUCAUCCCAAGCAUCCUCAUUGGCUCUACACCCAUGAAGCUUCCUACCUCUAACAAAUUCAAAGCCCUUCUUGUGGAUGACCCUCCCAUAGGUGAAGACCUCAUCACUCUUGAUGAGGAGAAUUCCUUAAAAACCACUUCCUCCUCCAAAGCCACUUCCCCUUCUAGCACCUCUACUAAAGCCCCAAAUCUUCCCCCUCCUAUGCCUAACUCCCAAUCUUCUCCUCUCUCUAAGCAUACUAGAGGGAAAUCCACCAAAAAAGCCAAACCAUCUAAAUCUAAGUCCUAA